AUACAGAUGAAAGCAGUCAUUACAGAUAGGCAUACCGCCUUGGUCAAAAGAGAAUGGUCUCGUCGAGGAUUUUAGUGAUUUUGCUUCCGUCAUGAUCGGCGCUAUAUUGUUAAACGCGUCGAACUCUGGGCUUCUAUAAGUAAGAGCUUCUCUUCCGUCCCUCAUACUCAUAUUAUGGCUUCUGUUGUACUGGUGACUGGGUGCUCUGCUGGAGGAAUUGGUGCCGCAUUAUGUGAAGAGUUCGCCGCUCAAGGUUGUCAAGUUUAUGCCACCGCUCGUAAUCCUGCGAAGAUGGCAGGCUUUAGCCAUUCCAGAAUUGAAAAGUUACCGUUGGAUGUGACGAGCGAUGAAGAUGUCAAGCGUGUCGUUGAACAUAUCGUUGGCAAGGAAGGAAAGAUAGAUAUUGUGGUCAACAAUGCAGGAACGGGUGCCGCUGGUGCUCUUCUGGACCAGGAUAUGGACACUGUCCGACAAGCAUUCGACAUAAACACGUUCGCCAUACUCCGAGUCUGCAGGAGUGUGCUACCUAUCAUGGCAGGACGAAAGCAAGGCCUAUUUGUCAACGUGGGAUCUGUUGUAGGAGAUACACCGGUCCCAUGGAAUGGGUUAUACUCAGCGACGAAGGCUGCCACGCACAUGAUCAGCGAAGUGCUAAGCAUGGAAUGCAGACCUUUCAAUAUCUCCGUCAUGAACGUCGUUCCGGGUUCUGUCCGGUCAAAUAUUGCUAACAACAUGACACAGAAGUUCGUCCUACCAGAGAACUCCCUGUACUCUGCCUUCAUUCCAAAUAUCAUGAAACGAAUCAACGCCAGUCAAACAGAACACAGUAUGCCUGCUGCCAAAUUCGCCAAGGCCGUGGUAUCCAAAGCCUUGAGCAGGAAACCUCCUUUGCGCUUUACUGCUGGAGGUAAUUCGACUAUCUUUGCGAUAUUUAGGUGGUUACCUAGAGUCUUCGUCUUCAGAUACCUGUGGAGGAUAUAUUCAAAGAAAAUGUAAGGAAAUUGUGAAUAUAUCAGUCUCCGUCCCAUACUGUCAAAGCAAGGUUCGAUUUUCAUCGUAUAUCGUGAUCGAGAAAAAGUACAUACGAUAAACAAGAUAGACACUCAGUGCAAAAACUACAAUCA